CAUCAGCCCCGCGGAGGGGCCGGCCGGGCCGGGUGACAUGGCGGGAUGGAGUUGCCGUUGUCCGGUGGGGUCUCAAGCGACGGGAGCGGCUUGCUAGCUCAGCGAGCCACGUUCAGGCCAGCUGCGGGUCGAUUAUGGCAGCAUUGGCACGUUAAAGUGUACAGCAAAUGCUGUUGCCUCUCCUGACACAAGUCACAAACAUAUGUUUUUCCAAAUGCGAGGGAGGAUGUGCUGCGGUUCAAUCCAUAGUCCCAGGUGGCUCCUCGACAUUACACGGCUCUUCCAGGAGUGUGUAUGUGGUCUCUCUCACCUAUGUUUCACCACUCUCGUGUUGUCUGUGUCGUUGAAAUAUGCAAUUUUUGCAUGUUACCUUUCUUCCUGUUUGCAAGCUAACUGCUGCUUUUACAAUCACUUUGGUUAAACACUGAAUCUAAAUGUUGUAUCCUCCUUUUGUAUCUUUCCAUGGUCUGCUAUUUGCACUUUGCCUUACUUUACAGCAACUUGUGAUUUAUCUUCUUUUCCUUCCUUCCUUCCUUCCCCCUCUCCUUCUGUUGAAAUUUCCCUUCAGUCUCUGUGCUGCUAUCUCACUGCUAUUCUUUUGUCUUCCAGUCCUUGCUCAGCAAUCUGAGGGUGAGCAGAACAACUUUUAAAACCAGAGAUUUUGGCACUGGCAGCUUGAGCCUGCCUGUUCCUCUUUAGUCUGCGCCCACGCUUGUGGGGAUCUCAGCUGAAAUAGCACUGGGGCGAGAGGCAGAAGGAAAAGGGGAAUCGCUCAAAUCAUUCACAUCUUUGUAGCAGCGUGAAAAGUUUCAAGAUUUGGCAAAGCCUCCAGUAAAUGAACCGAGGGAACCUGAACAGUUUCUAAUGCAGGCGCCCCAGGGAAAUCCACUGCUGCUUUCCCACACCCUGCAAGAGCUAUUGAGUAAGGAUAGUGUGCAGGUGGAGCUUAUACCUGAGAAGAAGGGCCUUUUUCUGAAACAUGUGGAAUACGAGGUUUCCAGCAAGAGAUUCAAAUGCUCGGUCUAUAGGCGAUAUAAUGAUUUUGUGGUGUUCCAUGAGAUGCUGCUUCAGAAGUUCCCAUAUCGUAUGGUGCCGGCACUUCCACCGAAGAGGAUGCUGGGAGCUGAUCGAGAAUUCAUAGAAUCUAGGAGGAGAGCACUGAAGCGUUUUAUAAACCUGGUGUCUCGACAUCCCCCUUUCUCAGAAGAUGUGCUCUUGAAACUCUUUCUGUCCUUCAGUGGCUCAGAUGUACAGAAUAAGCUAAGAGAGUUGGUCCAGGGGGUAGGAGAUGAAUUUAUGACCUGCAGAUUAGCUACCCAGGCCAAGGACUUCCUUCCAGCUGACAUACAGGCCCAGUUUGCUGCCAGCAGGGAGCUCAUCAGAAAUAUUUAUAAUAGCUUUUAUAAGCUUCGGGACCGUGCGGAGAGGAUAGCUUCUCGAGCCAUUGAUAAUGCCUCAGAUCUUCUCAUAUUUGGAAAGGAACUAAGUGCUUUGGGCUCAGACACUACACCGCUUCCUUCCUGGGCUGCUUUGAAUAAUAGCACAUGGGGGACUCUGAAACAAGCCUUGAAGGGUCUGUCUGUUGAAUUUGCACUGCUGGCAGAUAAGGCUGUGCAGCAGGGUAAACAGGAAGAGAAUGAUGUGGUGGAGAAGCUGAACCUUUUCCUGGAUUUACUCCAGUCCUAUAAAGACCUGUGUGAAAGACAUGAGAAGGGGGUGUUGCACAAGCACCAGCGAGCCUUGCAUAAGUACAGCAUGAUGAAGAAGCAGAUGAUGAGUGCCACCGUGCAGAACAAAGAACCAGAAUCGGUGGAGCAACUGGAGUCUCGAAUUGUGGAGCAAGAAAAUGCUAUCCUAACCAUGGAGCUGCGGAACUACUUCUCUCUGUAUUGCCUGCAUCAGGAGACACAGCUUAUCCACAUCUACCUGCCUCUCACCUCUCACAUCCUGGGGGCCUUUGUCAACUCCCAGAUCCAGGGUCACAAAGAGAUGAGUAAAGUUUGGAAUGAACUGAAGCCGAAGCUGAGCUGCCUCUUUGUGGGAUCUAGCAGUAUGCCAACUCCACCGUUGUCACCUCCAGAGGGAAACUUCUUCUCCAAUUAAUGCUCUGAGCAUCUAGUGUGGAGCAAGAAGUGCAAUCAAUGAAGGGGUGGGACCUCUACCUCCAGAUGUUAGAAUGAAUCCUCCAAACAGCUAUUUUUUUAAUUUUUUUUUUUUUUAAUACCGCUGCUUUGAGCUGCUCUCUGAUUUAGACAGACUGGAUGUGGGGCAGAACAUACGGAUAUAAAGACAAUCUCUUAAUUUUGACAUGCUCUGGGGCAGAGCUGGUGUUUGUUACCUACAGACACUCUUCGUGGGGUCAGGAUGUGCCCUGGUGCAGUGAGCGCUGCGGGGCUGCUGCUGCCUCUGCAUCUUGUACUAACAGUCCUCCCACAGCGUUUACCUGCACACGCGCUGACGCAUCUCUGCAUGUCUCUGGAGUGCUGAGGUGAAUUGGGAUAUCUGAAGCACUUGUAGAGCUGGGUUGUCUUUUAGGCUUGGGAGGGCCUGUGCUAGAGGCACACGUGCGUAAGGAAAGCCGAAGGCCAUCCCCCAUCCCGUUGAUAGGUGUCUGGAUUUGAUUUCUUACUGCUAGACCUUAGGGCAAAACAGGUGAAUGAAGUGGCUGGAUUCUCUAACCCAGCUGGGUGGGGGUCAGUGCUGCUGCGUGACAGCGAUUGUCCCAGCGAGGCUGGGUGACGGGAUUGUCCGCGCGUUCCGGUUCGCGGUUGUAGGGCGGCCUGGGCACUCAUGUAUUUCAGUUUGAGGCCAAAGAUGACUGGGGUCAGGAACUGGUAAGAGUUUCCUCGUUUAUAUGAGGAAAAUAAUUGAAUAAAACACUCCUUGAUUGUAAACGACUCGCACUAGAGGAGCAGAACAGCUACAAGGUAGCUUGCUUAUUUUCUUCUGGAGGUUCUGACAUCCAUCUGCUGAGUAGCUGUUUAGGGCUGUUGGGGAGCUGCUGUCCCGAAGGCUGGUGUUUGCUUUGCGCUAAUAUCAGAUGAAGUAUCCUGUUACACCAGCAGCCUGGCACACGAUCCUGAUAAAAUUCAUUAGCCAAAAAAAUCAGUAUUUAUCAGGGUGUUGCUGUCCUACUUUUUUCUGGGUAGCACUGGAUUGUGUUUGUCAAGAAGACAAUUAAGUGAGAGUUCUUUAUCUCUCUAAAAAUAGCACCAUCCUUGGUAGUGGGGUUUUCAGGAUGGUUUGGGAUUGCGAUAAAGGGACUAAACGUUCUCCAUGUUUCGCUUUAUAUCUCCGGUGACUUUCCCUCAUGAAGCCAAGGGUAGGGGGAGGAGAACUUGCCUGUCAUGUUACCGUAGGGGAAAUUGUGCAUAUCCUCCAGAAAAACUGAUAAGUGAAGAAUCCGCAAACACGUGCAGCAAAACUCGACCUGCACAGGACUCCCCUGAACCCAGCUUCUCUGGGGCCAAAACAGCUGCCAAAGGAGAAUUUGAGACUCGGCUUCUUAGCGUUUUCCCUGAGUGGGUCAAAAGGAAGCACGCUAACAGGGAUGUGUGCUUGCUGUCAAACUGGAACCGGCGCAGUAUUUUCCCAUUGGGGAACUUCCCCAUUAGCAGGAAAUAUAUUUAAAGCCUCCAAUCACAAAAGCUUUUUUCUUUUUUUUUUUUUUGUUUUAUUUUUAAUUUAGAAAAUUCAAUGCAACGUGAGGCUCUGCCUAGUCCAGGUGGAAAUUAUGGGUUAGUUUCUUCAGCUAGGAGUAAGAUACUAAGUUACUUGCUCAGCAUAACCAUUACAGGCUUAUGUGGGUGAAUUUCUUGGGUGCUGGGCCUUAAGGAGUGUGUAGGGAGACUUGUUUAACAGCCUUGCUCAGAAUGUGUUAUUCAGAGCUUUUUACAGUGAUUUAAAUGCUAACUCUCUUCUGAGUCUUUACUCCUGCCUAUCAGCCUUGGCCUGCGAGACAGAUGAACUGCGAAUGGCUGUGACGGAUUUGAUUUUCUCUCCUGAAGAUUUCCAAAGGGAUGCAGAAGAGAUUCCGCUCACAAGCCAGAGCGAACUGGCUGGGGAGGGAAAGGUUUCUGCACUACAGUAACAAAGACGAUAUUAUCUCAAGAAUGGCACAAAAGGCUUUUCUGCUUGACCGUGUCUUGAUUAGGAAGAUAGUUUGUGGUUAAAGUGCGGAAAUCGAGUUACCUUGUUUUUAAACACUCCUAGCACCUUCAGGAGGUGCUGGCUGCUUACGGCCUGGCAUUUGCUUAGUCUUAGGACCCAUCCUCCCUCAUUUAGCCUGAAGUGGUGAAUGGUCAAAUUGAGAAAAUACCGUAUGUUUUGGGGCAAGAUCUGGUAUCUGUAUGAUGGAUCUUCUACCUAACUUGUCUGGCUGGGGUAGUGGCUGGGCUGCGUUCUGUAGCAGUACUUGCAAGGUGUGAGCCUGACUGGAACUUUGCACUUCUCGCAUUUAGAAAAAGAAGUUACAAUUUUGGACUUUAUUUAAAAACAAAACUCCAAAAAACAAACAUCAAACCCACAUUUGGACUUUGGACUAACUCCUCCUUCCUGUUCUCCUUCAAAGCAAGAAUUCUACAGUCCAACUGCAGAGACUGUGAUAAUGAUAAACACAGACCGCAGGACUGAUAAAGGAACUGGAAUUGCGUUGUUUUGAGAAAACUCCUGUUCCUCCAUUGUCAGCCCUCGCCUCUGAGGAGGGCAGUUUUGGGGUGGGGUUUUCUUGUUUUGAUUUUACUGUGUUCACCUAGUAUUUUGAGGACAGAGGCCUUGUGUUCUCAAAGCUGAUACAGCUGAUGGCACUUUCAGAGUUUGUUGCGUACUGGACUGUCGAGCUUCUGCCUCAUUCCUACACACACACGUACGCUAUUUCAUACGACCCUUCGCUUGCAAGACUGAUUUUGGGGAGGCUGGUCAUUGUGCAAAUAGCACUGUUACAUUUACCUCAAGGUGUGAGGGAUUUCCUUACUGUAUUUGUCCUGUUUCAUUUAGGGAUCUGGCAGACUUAUGGAGAGCAGUAUCAAGUACAGCUUCCCUCCUGUAGAGGAACGCAGCUGGGAAUCGGUUGUCUUGUCUGCCCUCGUCAGUGUAAGGGAAACGGUUCUAGUUACCUCUGCGCCGCUGCCUUCUGCGGCAAACGGCCUGGCUGGGUGCAAGGGGAGAACAAGGCUUCGUGAAGCUGGUUCCGUUGCUGGUGGCUGGGCAGGUUGCAAUAAACACUAAAACUGGAAGACUAAUUGA